AGGACUGUGCGCGCGCGUUCAGGCAGGACAGCAGGGCGCGCGGGACUUCAGCACACCGGCCGGGUCAAGAAGCUGCAAGGAUGGAGAUCCGACCAGACAGGUUUAAGGCGGUCGCGGGCAAAACUCUGGGGAAAAUUCACAGGCUGAUUGAGAAGCGACAGCCCAAUGGAGAAACCAUUGAACUGUCAGCGGAGGGCCGUCCCGAGCUGGUGGAGGAGAAGGAGAUGCCGGUGGUGGACUGCACCUGCUUCGGCCUGCCGAGGCGUUACAUCAUCGCCAUCCUGUCUGGCCUGGGCUUCUGCAUCUCUUUCGGCAUCAGAUGCAACCUGGGCGUGGCCAUCGUCAGCAUGGUGAACGACCACACUGUCUACAAAGGCAACAAGGAAGUGCUUGUGGCUGCACAGUUCACCUGGGACCCUGAGACAGUGGGGAUGAUCCACGGCUCCUUCUUCUGGGGAUACAUUGUCACACAGAUCCCGGGCGGCUUUAUAUGUCAAAAAUUUGCAGCCAACAGAGUGUUUGGCUUCGCCAUCGUGGCCACAUCCACCCUCAACAUGCUGAUUCCAUCCGCGGCUCGCUGCCAUUACAGCUGCGUCAUCCUGGUCAGGAUAUGCCAGGGCCUUGUUGAGGGUGUAUCGUACCCAGCCUGUCACGGGAUCUGGGCCAAGUGGGCGCCUCCUCUUGAGAGAAGUCGAUUAGCCACAACAGCCUUUUGUGGAUCCUAUGCAGGGGCAGUGGUGGCCAUGCCUUUAGCAGGGAUACUGGUGCAAUACUCUGGGUGGCCUUCAGUGUUCUAUGUCUAUGGCAGCUUUGGGAUAUUCUGGUAUUUGUUCUGGGUUCUGGUGUCGUAUGAGAGUCCUGCAGCCCACCCCACCAUCACAGCAGAGGAGAGGAAGUACAUCGAAGAUGCAAUCGGAGAGUCUGCGUCAUUUCUUAACCCUCUCCAUAAAUUUAAAACCCCAUGGAGACACUUUUUCACCUCCAUGCCAGUCUACGCCAUCAUCGUGGCCAACUUCUGCAGGAGCUGGACCUUCUACCUGCUUCUCAUCAGCCAGCCGGCAUACUUUGAAGAAGUCUUUGGCUUUGAGAUCAGCAAGGUGGGCAUGGUGUCAGCGUUGCCCCAUCUGGUGAUGACCAUCAUCGUGCCGAUUGGAGGCCAGUUGGCAGAUUACCUGAGAACCCACAACCUGAUGUCCACCACCAACGUCAGGAAGCUCAUGAACUGUGGAGGUUUUGGGAUGGAGGCCACCCUCCUGCUGGUGGUGGGAUACUCUCACUCAAAAGGUGUCGCCAUUUCCUUUUUGGUCCUCGCUGUGGGAUUCAGUGGAUUUGCUAUCUCAGGGUUUAACGUAAAUCAUUUGGAUAUUGCCCCUCGAUACGCCAGCAUACUGAUGGGCAUCUCAAACGGGGUGGGGACAUUAUCAGGAAUGGUGUGUCCUCUAAUAGUGGGAGCCAUGACCAAACACAAGACACGUGAAGAGUGGCAGGGUGUCUUCCUCAUAGCUUCCCUCGUACAUUACGGAGGAGUAAUUUUCUAUGGACUCUUUGCAUCAGGAGAAAAGCAGGUGUGGGCAGAUAUAGAGGACACCAGCGAGGAGAAGUGCGGUAUUAUCGAUGAGGAUGAACUGGCCAAUGAAACGGAGGAGAUGUACCGCGGGGGCGGGCAGUACGGAGCCAUGAGCCAACCCGUCGUUGGCUCCAACGGAGGAGGAGGAGGAGGAGGAGGAGGAGGAGGAGCCGGGGCUGGAUGGGUGUCGGACUGGGAUAAGUCUGAGGAGUAUGUGCAGCCGCCUGGAUACAACUCCUACAUGUAUGGGGGAGAAGAGGAGAGGGAGCUGACAUAGAAGAUCCACAUGAUGCUAGUUUUAAAAAAAUAGGAAACAAGAGAAAGAAAAGAGGAAGAUUGUUUUUUGGAAAGGGAUUGUAAGAGAGUCACUGCUAUACUGAAUGGACCUGCUGUGUGCUUUUGUACAAGAUUUACAAUUGCACAUGUCAAAAGUAUGUGUGUGUGUGAUUUUGUGUGUUGGAGUGGUCAAUGUUACACAAACAUACAGUAUUAAUUAACAAAAACUGAACUCAGACCCCAGACCUUCCUGCACCUGAGCUCGUUGUGAGUCCUGUUUCCACGACAUCACUGAGGAGAUGAGGAGUGUGUGCGUGUGCGUGUGUGUAUGUGUGUGUGUGUGUGUGUGUGUGUGUGUGUGUGUGUGUGUGUGGUUGGCUUUUUUGCCUGUGCAGCAACUCUCUCAAGCCACUGGCAUUGUGUUAUUUUAAAAUUUUCAUGUGUAUGCCACACAUUUACUUUUUUUUUCUCUGAGCAAGCGCCUUUGGGGCCUCAGUUUUAAAAUGAAAAAACAUACAGUACAGGCCAAAAGUUUGGACACACCCAUCUCAUUCAAUGCGUUUUUCUUUAUUUUCAUGACUAUUUACAUUGUAGAUUCUCACUGAAGGCAUCAAAACUAUGAAUGAACACAUAUGGAAUUAUGUACUUAACAAAAAAAGUGUGAAAUAACUGAAAACAUG